GAAUCACAAUCGUCCAGCGCCACCUAGCGCUCCUCUCUCUGCGCUUUUCACUCGUAAACCGACGAACGUGUUGCGUGAGUGUUUGUAAACUUAUUAAGUUCUAAGUGCUGGCCAUUUGCACAGCUCAGCAGCUGGUUCGAACAUUUUGAAACAAUAGAGAAGAAAAAACAAAAAAGAGAAAAAAAUCCAGCUAGAUAUCCACAUCGAGAUUCUGUACAUACAUCUACAAAUGGAAGAAAGACUUAUCAAAAAAUAGUUUUUAAAAUUUUGUAUCUAUCUCAAGAGGGACAUUUUUAGCUGCACCGCGAGGUCUGCCGAACCCUGACCUCAUGAGGCAGGACCCUAAAGAGGCCAGAAUCUGAUUUCGCCGUCAUUCCGAGGGCGACGAUCACGUGAUCAUGCGGUUGCUUCUUGUGCUGGUUGUGGUGACGGCGGUCACCGGGAAGAAGCUGCCAGAGUUUUUCCGUGAGAAGGAUGGCAGCAUUCGAGUUCUGGUGCCAGAUUUGAAGGACAGCCAUGAUGUUUCUCUUAUUGUGGCCAACGAGGAUUCCCAGGCGGCACCAGUGUCGCUGACUAAAACAGAUGACGGACAAUGGAAGGGUGUUCUCAACAAAGUGAAGACCAAACAUGGCGGUGUUCUGAACUACGUGCUCCAGUACCACAAGUUCGACACACUUCACCAGCUUGCGAGGUCUACUGAAGUCUUCAAUUUACCGGAACUUCCACCAAGUCAACGGUUUUUGCAGAGGAGGGCUACGGUGGUUUUCUUCGACGACUUCAGUUCCGGUAAAGUGGACCCCAGCAAGUGGCAGCACGCCAUCACAGGCGACGGUGGCGGGAAUCAUGAGUUCAACAUGUACACACCGGAAGCAGCCAACAGCUACGUCAAAAAUGGCGUCUUGUACAUUCAUCCCACGCUCACGGUUGAUCGUUUUGGAGCAAAUUUUUUAACUAACGGCAACCUGGAUGUGAAAGCUAUCUGGGGGUCCUGCACGGACAAUGCAAGAAGUGGCUGCCAUCUGCAAGGACACAGCAUCCCACCCAUCAUGUCCGCCAAGCUCAGCAGCACGCAGCACAUCCGGUACGGCAAGAUCGAGGUCGUCGCUAAGCUGCCGAAGGGCGAUUGGCUGUGGCCUGCGAUUUGGCUGUUGCCCAGUGAGUGGCACUACGGCGGGUGGCCGGCGUCCGGGGAGAUCGACAUCAUGGAGGCGAGAGGCAACCUUCACUACCACUCCCCUGAGGGCUGGACGAUGGGGGCUGACGUGGACUACUCCACGGUGCACUAUGGGCCUGCCUGGAACAACAAGAGAUCUUUUGGAAGCCCCUACACUUUAAGAGGAACAACAUUGGGUGAUGCUUAUCAUACCUUCUGGAUUGACUGGACCCAAAACUAUAUCAAGAUCGGCGUGGAUGACCACACCUCCAUAGCCCACAACACUCCCGCUGCCGGCUACUGGCACGAGGGGCAGUUCUCUGGGACCAACAUUUGGGCCAAUGGAGGCAAGGAUGCGCCCUUCGACAGACCAUUUUACCUGAUCCUCAACGUGGCUGUGGGAGGGACCUGGUUCAACCACGCCAACGCCAACCAGCCCUACGCCCAGCCCUGGUCAGACGGAGGUUCGGACGCCGCCAUGCGAACGGCCUUCUGGGACGCGCGCCAUCUGUGGCAGGCCACGUGGCAUGGCGAUGACGUGGCCAUGAAGGUCCGCUCUGUGAAGAUGACUCAGUACUAGUGGCACGUGGAGCUGCUGGACCACUGGAAAACAUUUUAAGGCUUUCGAAAAAUUUCCUUAAUUGUAUGAUUGAAUUAAUAAACCAUUGAAAAGUUGA